AUGAAUACAAUUGCGGAAAACCGAGCUAGUGAUACCUCUAACUAUUCAUCAACUAAAGAUUUAGAUAAUUGGGUUGAACAACUGUAUGAAUGCCAUCAAUUAAAUGAAAAUCAGGUCAAAAUUCUUUGUGACAAGGCAAAGGAAAUUCUACAAAACGAAUCGAAUGUAAAAGAGGUCAAAUGCCCAGUAACAGUGUGUGGUGAUGUUCAUGGUCAGUUUCAUGAUUUACUUGAGCUCUUCAAAAUGGGUGGUAAAGCUCCAAAUACUAACUAUCUGUUUAUGGGGGAUUAUGUCGAUAGAGGAUAUCAUUCAGUUGAAACAGUUACCUUGCUUGUUUGUCUAAAGGUUCGCUUCAAAGAUCGCGUUACUAUUUUAAGGGGGAAUCAUGAAUCAAGACAAAUUACACAAGUUUACGGUUUCUACGAUGAAUGCCUACGCAAAUAUGGCAAUGCGAAUGUUUGGAAAUGUUUUACUGAUCUCUUCGAUUAUUUGCCUCUUACUGCAUUAAUUGAAAAUCAGAUAUUUUGUUUGCAUGGAGGACUUUCGCCUUCAAUUGAUAGUUUAGAUCAUAUUCGGUCAUUUGAUAGGAUACAGGAAGUCCCGCACGAAGGUCCAAUGUGUGACUUAUUAUGGUCAGAUCCAGAUGAUCGAUGUGGAUGGGGUAUUUCGCCGAGGGGAGCCGGUUACACUUUUGGCCAGGACAUAUCUGAAACUUUCAAUCAUGCAAAUAAACUUACGUUAAUUUCGAGGGCACAUCAACUUGUGAUGGAGGGGUACAACUGGAGCCAUGAUCGAAACGUGGUUACCGUAUUCUCGGCACCAAAUUAUUGUUACCGUUGCGCAAACCAAGCAGCUAUGGUUGAACUCGAUGAUGAACUUCGAUAUUCUUUCCUUCAGUUCGAUCCUGCGCCACGAAAUACGCAGACAAAUGUGACUCGUCAAACACCGGACUAUUUUCUCUGA